AUGUUGCCUGUACUCGUGCCAAUCCAAAUUCCCAAGGCAUCUGGAUUCAGAUCUCUCCAUCUCACUUAUAAAAUAGUCAUCUUUUUCUUUAUUUACUUUGUCGUUCACACAUUUUUAACACCUUUCUUUCUUGUUUCACUUGUUUUUUCCUCUUUUCUUUCCCUCUUUUCUUUUCCUCUUUUCUUUUCCUCUUUUCUUUUCCUCUUUUCUUUUCCUCUUUUCUUUUUCUCUUUUCUUUUCCUCUAUUCUUUCCCUCUUUUCUUUCCCUCUUUUCUUUCCCUCUUUUCUUUUCCUCUUUUCUUUCCCUCUUUUCUUUCCUUCUUUUCUUUUUCCCUUUUUUUUUCCUUUUUGCAUCUUUUCUUUCUUUUAUUAUUCUUUUUACCGGAUUUUUUUUCGCGUUUUUCAAUUUUUUUUCCCCCUUUAUUUCGCUUGAGCAUUUUCUUCGUAUUUUUUUCUCUUCCUCCUAUUUUCUAA